UCCACCUCGUUCAGCACCUGAUUCUCUUCUGCCAAGGCUCCUUUCCCCGCGUUAUUGUACAUUAACCUUUCGACUCGUUGCGGGGUAGCAGCUCUACAAACCAGAACGAAGCGGCCAUAGAGCGCAACAAUCCACUUUCCUCCAAAGGAAAUCGCGGGGGCAUCGCAGAUAUAGCGGGCCAAUAAAAGUGUCUGGUCGACCGACUCAUCCGGGGAUACGUCUCCCGACUUUCAACGUUCAUCUACCCGAUCAACGACGAGCCGACGACUUUCCUUUUCUCUGCACUUAACACCGUCUGGGAUAUAGACUCGAGGACGACGACGGCGACACCGGGCUGACUCGAGGCCCUUUGAUCCUUCCCCUUGCGUCACCGCCACGCGCAUCGCAAACCCGGGCCCUUGAUCUCUUCCUCUUUCCCCGCCUCCGUCGACCUAUCUCUUCCCCCGAAAUCAUCAACACGAUGAGCGCACCGGGAUCGACGAUGAAAACGAUACACAAGCGGCUCUACACAGUGCUCCCGCGCACCCGCGUCCGCUCCAACUCCGCUACCUCAACACUCGCCUCUCUUUCCUCGCUCUCACUCUCCUCCGCCUCCUCCUCAACAUCAAGCCAUGCAUCCUCAGCGCCGUCCUCGCCGCCGUCUUCGCGCACCCUCUACACCUCCGCCCCGGGCCAACCUUCCCCCUCCCCCCUCGCCUUCUUCGACUCGCCCCCGCCGCCGGGCACAACCCCGCGCGGCAGCGCCCGUCUACCUAGCGAAGGCGGGCCCAAAUCCGAGCUCCCAGCGACCUAUGCAACACAACACAACUCUAACUCGUCCUCUCACCACAAUCAAACUCACCACACCCACGCCAACGCCAACGCGCACCCCUCUCUCGCCCUCACCGCACCCCACACACAAUCCAGCGGUUCCGCCAACGCGAACGCGACGUACCCGGCCCCUUUCUCAGCGUACGGAUCCACGGCCGGCUCCGCGGGCGCCCGCGAGCCCGUCGGCGCACAAGACGCCGACGCCGAGUCUUCCGCCGAAGCCCACCCCGGCGCGCGGACGCGGCGGACGCCCAGAACGCGCUAUCGCCUCGACGUCGGCGCGUACGGUAUCCCGAAACGGUCGCGGAUCCGUAAAGCCGGGCGCACCGGGGGCAAGACGGGCGAUUCGGACGAACUCGGGCUAGCGGUGCAGGUGGGCGAGGACGCGUAUUUCGUGAGGGACGACGCGAUGGGCGUCGCGGACGGUGUCGGCGGGUGGUCUCGCUUAAUGGCAAAAGAUGCGAUUAGCAGGGGCGAGCCGAGCGCGAGCGCGCUAUUCGCAAGGAGACUGAUGCAUUACUGCUCGGCCGAGGUCGACGCUGCGUCUUAUACGUCGUCGUCGUCGACUGGGAAGAAGACACGUUUCGCAUCUGGCCCGUCCUCGGCGAUCUCUCCAAGCUCGCCGAUCGCGAUACCGCACCGACAACGACCGCCGCCGCCUCGCGCGCCCUCGUCGUUCUUCAACCCCACGCCUCGGCGGAUCUUCGACAUCCGGCAAGAUCAAGCGACAUCGGCAUCGGCUCCGACGACGCCUUACCUGUUCGAGCAUUGGGGCGCGAACACGCAUAUAUGCGAGCAGGAGGCGUUAGACGACGAGGCGGAGGAAGUGCGGGCGGACGAAGAAGGCGAGAGAGCGGCGGUAGAGGAAGAAGAUCCGGACGUGGACGAGCUGCAGGAGGGCUUGGACGUGCUCAUGAUCCUCGAGCGCGCGUACGAGAGCGCGCUGAAGGCGCACGUCGUGCCGAAGGAGAAGGCGGCGGUUUACGCUUCACCCGCCGCAGCCCAAGGAGGACGGGAGGAAACGGCGAGGAAGGCGUCGGAAUACCCGCCCGUGCCGUACCCGCCGCGGAGGCCGAUCGAGAUCGAGAUGGAACGCGGACCGUUGAGGGCGGCGUGUGCGAGCGCGACGGGAAGCGGGGAGACGGUGCCGCUCAUGCAAGGCUCGGCGACGGCGCUCGUCGCCGUGCUCGACGCGUGUCCGCCCUCGGUAUCAUCAUCCUCCUCUUCUGCGGCGUCACCGGAAUCGGACCCCGAUGUCCUCCAGGCCGAGCCGAGGCUGGAGGAGCGGCCGCGGGAGGAGCGGCAGGGCGAGGAGGAAGAGUCCGGCGCGCUUCUGAGGAUCGCGCAUCUGGGCGACUCGGUCGGGCUUCUCGUGCGCGGCGGGGAGGUCGUGUGGCGCUCGGACGAGAUGUGGACGUCGUUCAAUACGCCGUAUCAGCUUGGACCGGCGUCCGCGCAUCGACCGGGGGACGCGAGGGUGGAGAGCGUCAGGGUGAGAAGGGACGACGUGUUGGUGUUGGCGAGCGACGGGUUGAGCGAUAAUCUGUGGGAUUGGGAGGUCAUGGAGGAGGUGAGGAGGGUGAGGGCCGCGUUCAUGCCCGAGAGUGGAGGGGAGCAGAAUAAGAAGGAGGGUGGGUUGGGGAGUGUGAGAGGUGUGAUUGGGAGGAAGACGAUGGCGGGGAUGUUGAGCGAGGCGUUGUGUGAGCGCGCGAGGAGGGUGAGCGAGAGGAGGACGGCCAAAGGCGAGGUGGGACUCGGUGCCGAGGUGCCGUUCGCGAAGAGGGCGAGGGAGGCUGGGAAGGUGUUUAGAGGAGGCAAGGCCGACGAUAUUUCGGUGUGCGUCGCUGUGAUCUCAGACUCGACGUAGAGUCACAACGUCUAGCCUUUGUCUUCUUUCGUCUUUUUUUUCCGCUAUGUUUAUUCCCCUGCAUGCGUUCUCUCUGGCCUCCCUGCUCAUAUUACUCCACCAUCUUCGGCGGCCCGAGAACUCUUGGAUACGUCUUACAUCUCCUCGAGGCCCUGUGCACAUUGCUUCAUUGUCUGGUUGUUUCGUCACGCAAUAUACGCGCUUUUUGUGUAGAAUGU